CUACAAAUGUCCUGUAUCUCUUUGACCCUCUCUUCUUUUGAUCUCUGAGUUCUCUUUCCUUUUCAGUUUUUCCUUUCUAAUCUGUCUGAUACCAAUUCUUUCCUUGUGCCUGAGAAUGGAAGAAACUGCUGGGAAUGCUGUUUUAGAAGUUGGAAAGUGCUUAAGUGCUCCGAUUGGCAGUCAGUUUAUGUACUUGUACAACUACAAAACCAACUUUCACAAUCUUAAGAAAGAAGCUGGAAAGCUGAAGGAUGCAAGAGAUGAGGUGAAGCUUAAGGUUGUUGCUGCUGAAAAUAAUGUGGAAAAGAUCAAACAGAAUGUUAAGGACUGGCAGGGGGAUGUGGAUUCCACCAUCGAAGAAACAGACAAGCUGAUUCAAGAGAAAUCAAACAGCAGUUGUUUCAACUUGAUCACUUACUACAAAAAUGGCAGGAAAGCAUGGAAAAAUCUGAACGCUAUAACUGAACUUCUUCAGGAAAAAGUAACAUUUGCUGAGGUUUCUCUUCCUACCGCUCACGAAGUCAUUCGGCUCACUAACAAAGAUUAUGAGGAAUUUGAAUCAAGAAGGUCAGUUUUCAACGAUGUGCUGAAGUCAUUAGAUGAUCCUGAGGUUGGAAUUAUUGGGGUUUAUGGAAUGGGUGGAAUUGGUAAAACCACACUGGUCAAAGAAGUUGGUCAUCAAGCCAAGAAAAACCAGAUCUUGGAUGAGGUGGUUUUCGUAGAGGUGUCUGAUAAACCAGAUACUAAAAAGAUUCAAGAUGAACUUGCGACUCAGUUAGGCGUGAAAUUUGAUACGGAGGCUGAACGAGUGAGCAAGUUGUUUGAGAGACUGAAGAAUGGUAAGAAAGUGCUUGUAAUUUUAGAUAAUAUAUGGGCAGAAUUAAAUUUGGAGGCUCUCGGUAUUCCUUGUGGAGAUGACCGUGGGGGAUGUAAAUUAUUGCUGACAGCAAGAUAUCGUAAUGUAUUAUGGAUUAUGGAUUGUAAGAAAGAUUUCUCGAUGGGUGUCUUAAAGGAAGAAGAAGCUUGGAGAUUGUUUAAGAAGUUGGCAGGUGAUGUUGUUGAUCAAACAAAUAAACUGAAUACUCUGCCGAAUGAUGUGUGCAACGAAUGUCGAGGUUUGCCAAUUGUCAUUACUACAAUAGCAAGAGCAUUAAGGAAGAGGAGACAUCAAUCUCAAUGGAAAGAAGCCUUCCGAGAGCUAAGAAUGCCUUCUCCAACAAAGUUUGUAGGCUUGCUAAAAGAGGAAUAUUCAAAGAUAGCGUUAAGUUACAAUUAUCUAAAAGGUGAUGAGCUCAAAAAAACUCUGCUAAUUUGUAGUCUAAUGGGAAAUAACACUACCAUUUCAUACUUGUUUAAACUCAUUAUGAGUUUAGAUAUAUUGGAAGGCGUUAAUCUUACUAUGGAACAAGUACGAAAUAAGCUGAAAAGUCUUAUCUAUGAACUCAAGGAAUCUUGUUUGUUGCUUGAUGAUUCAAUCAGUGAAGAGUUUUCCAUGCAUGAUGUUGUUCGUUCAAUUGUCAUAACAAUUGCAUAUAAAGAUCAUCACGUAUUUACAGAGCGAAAUAACAUGGUUAAGGAAUGGUCAGAUAAGAAGCAAUUGAAAAAAUGCACUAAAAUCUCACUAGGUGAUUGUAAUAUGAAUAGUGAGAUUUGGUCUCAAGGUUUGGAUUGUCCAAAACUUGAAUUUUUCAGUACGGCAAUGGAUGGUUCUUUUGAAAUCCCUAAAGAUCUUUUUUCGGGGAUGCGAAGCCUCAAGGUUCUAAGUUUCUUUGGCCUAGCUGUAUGGACCUUGCCAACAUCUCUUGCUUUUCUCACAAAUCUUCAAACAUUAUGUUUGGAUUAUGGUAGAUUUUCAGAUAUAACACUCAUUGGAGAGUUGAGAAAACUAAAGAUUCUUAGCUUGCGAUAUUGUACUAUUCAACAAUUAGAUGAAGAAAUAAGUAAAUUGACUCAAUUGAGGUUAUUAGAUUUGAGUAAUUGUACGACACUAAAAGUUAUAGUACCGAAUUUUAUAUCAAGCUUAUUUCGAUUGGAAGAAUUGUAUAUGAGUGGAUGCUCUAUUUUGUGGAAGCUUGAAAUACUUAAGGAGUUGAAGCAUUUGUCUCAAUUGACAACUUUAGAAAUAGAUAUUUCAGAUGAUCAAAUUUUGCCAAAAGACUUCUUCUCCAAAAAGUUGGAAGGGAAAAAAUUGAUUGUCGAUGGCUGUCAAAAACUAAAAUUUGUAUUUCCAUCAUCUAUAAUCAAAAGCUUUGAGCAGCUUCAACACCUUGAGAUAAGUUGUUGUAAGGAAUUAAAGGAGAUUGUUGUCAAAGAAGAAACAAAGAGUACUACUACAUUUAUUUUUUCAAGGGUAGCCUUUCUGAAACUCAAAGAAUUGCCAGAGCUUACAACUUUCUACCGUGGUAAACACAACUCAAAUUGGCCCGUGUUAAAGGAGUUGGAGGUGCAUGAUUGUAGCAUACUAGACAUAUUUACUUCAAAACAUAAGAUUAACCCCAAUUUGGAGAAAUUAACCCUAAGCAGAGUGGAUGACAUGAUAAAAUUGCUGCAUCAGUGUUAG